AUGGACGACGCCGCUGCCACCACCGCCAUCAACGAACCGGAACCUGGAUCACUGCUAAUCGUGUCCGGCAGUACGAGUGACCGGCAUAAUCAUAAACGAAUAUUAUCACAGAUAUGUGCGAUGGUCGCUCAGAGUUUAUUGAUGUUGGAUUUGGGAAUGAUGAUAGUCGUUCCAACAAUUGUCAUCGGCGCCCUCCACAACGCAAAAGAGGGCCUUUCGCUGGACGAUUCUCAGUCCUCGUGGAUUGCUAGCAUAAUUUUGAUGUGCCAACCACUGGGCUGCGUUCUGUCGGGGUGCGUGCAGAGCGUAUUCGGCCGGAAGCGGUGCUUGCUGCUGGUGAACGUGCCUCACUUGGCAGCCUGGUACCUACUGUACUCUGCCGAGUCCCCAUGGGUGCUGUACACGGCCUCGGCCACCAUGGGCAUAAGCAUUGGGUUCCUGGAGGGGCCCACGAUGGCGUACAUCGGCGAGAUCAGCGAACCGAACGUCCGGGGUAUACUGUCCACGUUCUCCAGCUCCAUGAUCGUCAUGGGACACCUGCUGGAGUUUGUGCUCGGGUGGAUAUUUCCGUGGAGGACGACAAUGCUCGUCAGCUGCCUGGUGCCCGUGCUCGCCGCCGCGGCCAUAUCGCUGAUCCCCGAAUCACCCGUCUGGUUGUUGACGAAGGGGAGGAGAGACGAGGCGCUGUCGUCGCUGAGAUGGCUCCGGGGGUGGGCUUCUGCCGAAGAGGUGAGUGAAGAAUUUCACAAUCUCGAACUGUACUGUCAGGAAUCCAAAAACGAAUUCAACAGUUUGUUGGAAGCCAAAAUCAGAAAAUCGUCCGGAUACACGGGCGUACCAGACAGUGAAUUCGCCACGAAGAGCGAACCCAGCGCCGUCGACAUCGUCAGAGACUUUUUGCGUCCCGGAAUCUUAAUACCACUACGACUGGUCGUGGUCUACUUCUUCUUUUUCCACGCCGCAUCGCUGACGGCCAUGCGACCGUACAUGAUUGAAGUCUUCUCCCGGCUGCAAGUGCCCGUGUCACCGAGCGUACUCACCGUCAUGUCCGCGGCGUUACAGGGCGCGGGAGCAUUGAUAUGCAUUUGUCUGGUGCGGCUGGUCGGAAAAAGAGCUCUAUCACUGGUCUCCAUGUCGGGUUGUGCGCUGUGCUGCCUGUCGUUAGGAGCCUACACAUACUUCAUAACACAGCAACAGUGGUCACCCGUACCGACGAUACCACUGUUGCUGUUUUGCACGCUGUACUUCACCAUGAACUUGGGCAUCAGUCCCAUACCAUGGUUACUGAUCAGCGAAGUAUUUCCGAACAGAGGACGAGGAGAGGCCAGCGGAGCGUGCGCGGCGAUCUUUUACAUCAUCGCUUUCCUGGUGUCGAAAACCUGGCUGAAUCUUCAAAAUUCGGUGGAACUCUAUGGAUGCUUUGUCCUGUACGGGAUCCUUGCCGCUAUCGGUAUUAUAUUCGUAUACAAAUGUUUGCCGGAGACUGAAGGCAAAACACUGGCCGAGAUCGAAAAGAAUUUCGCUAAGAAAAACGUCAAAUAA